AUGGCUUCAUGGAGACUCAAAUAUGUCAGCUUGAUUAUAAAACGAUACAACUCGACCGCAAUUACAUAUGGUAUGCUACGGCCAUAUCAGAAAGAAUGCAUAGAGACCACAGUAGACCAGUUCGACAAGGGUUGUAUUAGACAGGUGGUGUCUCUGCCAGUUGGCAGUGGCAAGACUGUCAUCAUGUCGAAUCUGAUACCACUGAUACCCUCGCCAACGCCCGAAGCAACCAAAGUAUUACUCCUGGCUCAUAGGACAGAAUUACUGGAUCAGGCGCACAAUCAGAUCAAACGAUACAACCCAGAACUAAAUGUACAAGUGGAACAAGGCAAGCGAAAAGUGGAUGUGGAGAAAGCAGAUGUUGUCAUUGCUUCUGUGCCGACACUAGGGAGACAGGAUUCAGCCCGCAUCAGCCAAUACGACCCAAAUCUAUUCAAAGCAGUGCUGAUUGACGAAGCCCAUCAUGCCACCGCAGACACUUACAAGCGCAUACUCGAAUAUUUUAACUUUAGCGAGGAAGGAUGCAAAAAGUUGCUAUGGGGAUGUACAGCUACGGUGAAACGACAUGAUGGAGAAGCGUUACGGCAGGUGUUUGACCGCAUCACCUAUCACAAAGGGUUUAUGGAGAUGAUAGAAAACAAGUACCUCUGUCCCAUGCGAGUAACCAUCAUCAAUACUAUGGUUGAUUUGAGCGCUGUGCGGUCAACAUCAGAGGAUUUCGUUCAAAAGGACCUAGCAGAGGCCGUUAAUACAAAUCCGCGAAAUCAAGUGAUUGUGUCUAGUUGGAUCAAGUAUGCACACCAAAAGGGAAGGAAAGCGACAUUAGUGUUUGCUGUUGAUAUCAACCAUACAAUUGAACUAUGCAAUGCUUUUAUUGAUGCUGGUAUCAAUGCAAAGUUCAUCACAAGCAAGUCCAAUGCCGUUGAGAGAUUGCAAGUCUUGGAAGAUUUUAGGCAGGGUAAAAUUCCUGUGCUUGUGAAUUGCGCCAUCUUGACGGAAGGAACCGAUAUACCCAUUGUGGAUUGCAUUCUAUUGACUAGACCAACACAGUCUACCACUCUGUUCCAGCAAAUGUUUGGCCGAGGAUUACGAUUGUUUCCAGGCAAGGAAGAUUGCCUGGUGAUUGAUUUCGAAGACAAUUUCACAGACAAAGGAAGGCAUAGCCUCAUCACUAUACCUACCUUGCUAGGCCUGAAUGUAGCUUCCGUAGUUGAGAAUCAGGAUAUCUUGAAAUUGGAAGAGCAAGCGAUACAACAUCAAAAUGCCGUAGCACGAGAGGAGCAGCACGCCCUGAAAGAGCAAGAAAAACGAGAGGCAGCAGCGUUGGCUCUGGAUCCUAACCGUGUCAAGAUUAAAGUGACGGAAUACGAUGAUUUAAAUGAACUGAUAGCGGAUCUAACAACUUCUGAGUCAACUUACAAGUCUUCACCUUACGGAUGGGUCGAUGUGGGGAAUGACAAGUGCGUCUUGUAUGUGCCGACCAAAGGCCAUCUAAUACUGGAGAGAUCCAAAGACACACAAUUGUGGGUUGGCUCAUUCAGAUACCAACUCGCUGGUAAAUCAAAGUUUGCAAAACCAACGCCUAUACAUCUGGAAGCUGCUGCACACGCAGAGGCUAUUCGAGGCGCCGAUACAUGGAUCAGAAAGCAAUUUCCAAUGUUACCAAGAUACAUUCACCAGCAAAUGUGGAAAUCGGCUCCUUUUCGAUACGCCAAUGUCACUGAUGCACAGCUGAAAGCUUUGAAGCAGUAUAAAAUCGAAAUCCCAUCCAAAAUUACAAAGGGUCAAGCCAUGGUACUGCUUACCAAACUCAAAUUUGGACAGCUCGCCUUGUGGAAAAGUCAAAUUGACCAAAAUAUCAAGAUGAAGAAAGCAGAGAAACAGAAGCAAACCGUAGCUGUUCUUUCCAGAAAGCAUAAUCAUAUUGAAGACUUUCACAAACAGGAUUAA